CCUGGCUCCCUUCAGUAUGCCAGCUAAACUGUUACUGCAAGAUCUUUGUCGACAGAAUUUGAAGUGGGAUGAAGUUAUUCCCCAUUCUCUUUCUAGGAAGUGGCUUGAUUGGCUGGAGGAUCUCCAGCUGAUAUCCAGCUUUAAAGUAGACCGUUGCAUCAAACCAAGCUGCAUUAGAAAACCAGACAAAGCACAACUUCAUCAUUUCUCUGACGCAAGUCAAGAUGGCUAUGGAACAGUGUCAUAUUUAAAACUGGAAAACAAUAACAUUUCACAUGUUGCUUUUAUUCUAGGAAAAGCAAGAGUUGCUCCUAUGAAGCAAACAACAAUCCCCAGGUUGGAACUGACAGCUGCUGUUCUUGCUGUCCGAGUGAAUAAACUGUUGCAAAAGGAGCUGCAAAUACAGUUGGAAAAACCUGUUUUCUGGACUGAUAGUACAACGGUACUAAAAUACAUCUCCAGUGAAACCAGAAGAUUUCACACAUUUGUUGCAAACAGAAUCUCUGUCAUCCGAGAAGCAACAGACGUGAAUCAGUGGAGAUAUGUUUCCUCCAAGGAGAAUCCUGCAGAUGAUGCAUCCAGAGGUAUGAGAGCUGAGGAGUUCCUCAAAUGCAGGAGGUGGAUACAUGGGCCUGAAUUUCUCCACAGAUCAGAAGAGGAAUGGCCUAAACUGGAUGUGGAUCACCAUGCAAUUUCUGCAGAUGAUCCAGAGGUCAAAAGGGACCUAACAGUGAGUGUUAUUGUGAAUGAAUCACAAAAUGCUACAAACUAUCUGAUUCAUUAUUUUUCAUCUUGGACAAAGCUUAAAACCUCUGUUGCCUGGUUUUUAAAGCUGAAGAACAUCUUGAUGUUGUUGCAACAGAAAAGGAAAAAGUUUGCUGCUGCAGAUCUGAAUAACAAUAAUCCAGGAAAUCAAAAGAAAGAAUUGGAAAAGCAGAUGGAAAGGUUCAAGACCACUCUGAAGAAAGAAAAUCUGACUCCUGAAGACUUGGCCAAGGCAGAACUAUCUAUUGUUCGGUUUGCACAACAGCAGAAAUUUACAACUGAAAUUGCUUUAAUCAACAGUGGGCUUAAAGCAGUAUCCAUGAGAAGUUCUCUAUACAAACUUGACCCAGUAUUGGAUGCUGGGGUCCUCAGAGUGGGUGGCAGGUUGAGUAAAACAGCCAUGCCUGUUGAAGCAAAGCAUCCUGUAAUUUUGACAAAGGAUAUGUAUGUAUCUAUCCUGAUUUUACGCCAUAUUCAUCAACAGUUGGGACAUGCAGGAAGAGCUCAUAUGCUGUCAAGAUUACAACAAAAAUACUGGAUAAUAAAUGCUAAUUCAGCUGCCCGAAAAAUCAUCUCUCAUUGUGUUGUUUGCAAACGUAACAGAGGAAAGUUUGUUGAACAAAAGAUGGCAGAUCUGCCAGAAGAAAGAGUUCUGCCAGCCACCGCUCCUUUCACAAAUGUUGGAGUGGAUUACUUUGGUCCUGUAAGUGUUAAAAGAGGACGAAGUCUCCUGAAAAGGUUUAUCUGUAGAAGAGGCCCAGUUUCAACCAUCAGGACGGAAUCAAAUGGAACUUUAACAUCCCAGCAGCCUCUCACCAAGGUGGAGUUUGGGAGCGUCUGAUUCGUUCCAUAAGAAGUAUUUUAGUCUCAGUUCUUAAAGAACAAGUUUUGGAUGAUGAAGGGCUUCAAACAGUCUUUUGUGAAGUUGAAGCUAUAUUAAACGACAGACCCAUUACUAAAGUUUCAGAUGACUCAAAUGAUCUUGAGGCACUCACCCCCAAUCACUUGUUGUUGAUGAAAAACAAACCAGUUUUGCCACCAGGAUUGUUCAAUCAAAAGGAUCUUUAUGUCAGGAAAAGGUGGAAACAGACUCUACAGCUCCAAGAGGAUCAUGGAUGAUGGCCAAAGUUUUGACUGUAAACCAGGACGGACAGGGCUUGGUGCGUUCCGUGCAGUUGCAAACCAAGACCAGUUUGUUGGAAAGACCUGUGACCAAACUUCUGUUGCUACUGGAAGCAUCACCCUGAGGAAUUGAGGACAUGUUUGAAGGAAUAGCUCCUUUUCCUUUUAAAGUAAUUGUGACAGUAUUCACAAUUAGGGGCCGGGGUGUUGGAGCUAUUUAUUCUUGAUUUCUUUAUUCAUUUGAAUUUUUGUUAGAUAGUUCUUAAAUGUAUAUUUUUUGUAUUAUUUACAGUAUUUAUUUGCAGGUUAAUAAUUGUGGAUUUUGUUUAAUUUUUUGUUUUAUUAUUUAUUUAUUUAUUUAUUUUAUUUUUUCUUCUUAUUCAUUCUUUGAGUUAGACAGGAAGUCAUGUGGGUUAGUCCACUUUUCUAUAAGUAUAGGGGCCUGGUAAAGGACCAGCAAGGCAUUUGGGUUUGGGGCCUAUGGUUUUUACCAGAGCAAGAGAGCAGAGUGUGAUUGACAGAAUGAGAACAAAGGAAAGUUUGAAGUCUGUAAUUGUGGCUGAAAGGAAACACAAAUAAACCUUUCUGAACAAUCAA